AGACUGGUCAGUGUCAGGAGGAAGGUUAUAUACCUCCCACAGGGGCAGAGCAUUGGGACCCGGCUCUUGGUGGGACAUGAUACAGACCCAGUGCCCCCAGUUUAUUCAGUUCUGAAAGCAAAGCUGGGAAGUCAGUCAUCUUUGGGCUUUUGAGAAAUCCAUUUCCGAUGGAAACCUUCCCAGGUUUUUGAAGCUUGGUGACUCAGUCAAGACAGAGCAGAGCACGUCUGCAGGCUGCUCCCACGAGGCCCGGCCCCACCUGGGCUUAGCGGGAGCUUCCUGAGCGCCAUCAGGCUGUAACCACAUCAGCUUGUGUCUGCCAAGUCCCCGCGCCCUGCAGGGCAGUGUGGAGCCCCACUGUACAGAUGGCACAACCGAGGCUCCUGGCAAGAGUGGGGAACAGACAUAGGACUCCUCCCUGCGGACCACUGGACCAUUUGCAGCCUCAACAGCAGGCACCAUGGCCGUGGACGUGACAGAAUACCACCUGAGCGUCAUCCAGAGCCCCCCUGGCUGGGAGGUGGGCGUCUACGCCGCAGGGGCCCUGGCGCUGCUGGGCAUCACCGCCGUGAGCCUGUGGAAGCUCUGGACAUCAGGGAGCUUCCCCAGCCCUUCCCCGUUCCCAAACUAUGACUACAGGUACCUGCAGCAGAAGUACGGGGAGACCUACGAGGAAGCCAGGCAGAAGAGGGUGGCCGCCUGGAACACCCAGCGGGCCAGCACCCAGGGCCCCCUGAGCCGCAAAGGCAGCCUCGGCAUGGAGGACACGCUGGACAGCAUCAGUGAGCUGGGGCCCCUGGAGCUGAUGGGCCGCGAGCUGGACCUGGCGCCCUACGGGCCGCUGCGCAAGUCGCAGUCAGCCGACUCCCUCAACUCCGUGUCGUCGGUCAGCAACACAUUUGGACAGGACUUCCCGCUGGGCCAGGUGGAGGUGGGUCUGGACUAUGACUGCGCGGCCCAGGCCCUGCGGGUGGCCCUGCUGCAGGGCAAGGACCUCUUGGAGCGCGAGGAGGCCGCAUUCGCCUCCUGCUUCAUGCGCGUCAGCCUGCUGCCCGACGAGCAGAUUGUGGGCAUCUCCCGGGUAAGUGGGGGCACCGCCCUGGGUGCCGGGAACCGCUGUCCCUCCCCGCCCCCACCCCGCCCUGGCACUCAGAGGGGACCCAGAGCGGGGUGGGGGGGUGGGAGGGGGGGAGACAGAGCCACCCAGCUGGUGGUGGGGAGCAGGGCCCUGGAGCCUGACUGCUGGGGUUCAAAUCCUGCCGCCCCCACUUCCUGGCAGCAUGACCCCGAGGAAGUCGCUUCAGCUUGUGGUGACGCAGUUCCCUCUUCUGUGGGGCGCGUGACAUCUUGGAAAAGGGAAUGCGGGGUUCUUUGUUGUGUAGGUGGGUGGGCUGGUUGGCUUUUCAGAGGUGGAACCUCAAGCAUGUGCACUUUCUUUUUAAUUUUUUUUUUAUUUGUUUAGGAUAGAGAUGGAGAAAUUGAGUGGAAAGGGGAGAUUGAAGAGGGAGAGAGAGACCCGCAGCUUUGCUUCACCACUUGUGAAGCUGCCCCCACCCCCGAAGCUGGGGACCAGAGGCUUGAACCCUGGCCCCCACACUUGUGCAGUUUCUUUCUUU